AAAUAGUAGUAAUUAUUUCUUGAAUGAGUUAAAAUCAUAUCGACAUUGUAUUGAUAAAUCACUUUAUAGUCACAUAAUCAAAAUUUAUGGAUUUACAAGAGAUCCUGAAUCAGAAGAUUAUAUAUUGGUUAUAAAAUAUGCGUCAAAAGGAGAUUUACAUAAAUACUUACAAAAGAGCUUUAAAAAUAUUACAUGGAAUAACCAAAAAUUACGUAUAUUAUGGCAAAUUUCAGAAGGACUUGAACAUAUCCACAAAAAUCAAUUUAUACAUCGAGAUUUCCAUAGCGGAAAUAUAUUAUUUGAUUUAUUUAAUGACCAAAAUGACCAAAAAAAAACUAAAGUAAGAUAUCAAUGGAAAAUUGCGGAUCUAGGAUUAUCACAUCCUGUAAAUAAUAAAUCAUCAAAUAAUGAAAUCUAUGGAGUUAUACCUUAUAUUGCACCAGAAAUAUUUAAAGGGACAGCAUUUUCUAAAAAAGCUGAUAUUUAUAGUUUGGGUAUGAUUAUGUGGGAACUUACAACAGGUUGUAAACCUUUUGCUAAUGUUAAACAUGAUCAUAGUCUUGUUUAUAAAAUUCUUGAUGGAGAACGACCUGAAAUUACAGAAGACACACCAGAAUGUUAUGCUAAUUUAAUGAAAAGUUGUUGGGAUCAUGAUCCAAAAAAAAGACCUUCUAUAAAAGAUAUUCGUUUAACUUUUGGUAGUUGGGCUUUUAGAGGUAAAAAUAAGGUAGAAUUUGAUCAAGCUGAAUCAAAACGGAAGAAACUGAUAGAAUUAAAAAAGAUUGGACCUGAAUUUGCUGAAAAAUAUCACUCAGAAGCAAUUUAUACAAGUAGACCAUUAAGUGAUUUAAUUUCUAAAUGUUCAUCUACCAAUUCAUCCUCGACAAUUUCAUAUGACAAUAAACAAGGUAUUACUAAAAAUAAAGAUAAUUAUAAUUUAAAUAAUAUCCUAUAA